GCACAAAUUGCGCUGCCAACACCCCAGAAUUCGAUGCAGCUGACGGUGGGCUACGAAGACACAUUCAUUCAAGUCGAAGUCGAUGCAGAGGAGCCAGUAGAGAACAUCAAGGCUCUUAUUGAAGCGCAGCUUGGCAUUCCCUUGAGCUCGCAGGUACUCGUGCUCAACGGGCGGCCGAUCAACCCGAACGGCACGGUGACUCAAGCUGGCAUCCAAAACCAUGAUCUUGUACUGUGCACAGCACUGCAACCACCACGCCUCGCAACUGCGGCUCCCUCGCCGUUUUCACGUGCACCUGCGUCUAUUCAAGCUCGCGCUGGCAUGUUUAUGCAUGACAUCCCGCCCAACUGUACGGCGGAACUGCUCAUCGACAUCAUGCGGCUGAAUCCACAACUACUUCGCCAGAUCGAAGAGGGAAAUCCUUCGUUGGCCCAGUCACUUAAAUCGAACGAUGUUGCGGGCGUUCGCAUGGCGCUGAUGAAACAACACAUGGAAAUUGCAGCGAGAAAGUACAAAGAAGAGCAGGAAGCGCUCGAGUUGGAGCGGAAUCCAUUCUCCGAAGAGGCGCAGGCCAAGAUCGAGGAAGCCAUUCGGCUUGGCAACGUCCAGCAGAACAUGGAGAUUGCCAUGGAGGAGAUGCCCGAAGCGUUCGGGCGAGUACACAUGCUGUACAUUCCUACGAUGGUCAACAAUACCCCCGUCAAGGCAUUCGUGGACUCUGGCGCGCAGUCGACGAUCAUGAGCUCGAAUUGCGCCGAGCGAUGCGGCAUCAUGCGACUCGUCGACCGCCGAUACGCUGGCCAGGCCGUCGGCGUCGGGACGGCCAAGAUUAUCGGGCGCGUGCACAUGGCACCACUCAAGAUCGGCAACGUGUUUUACAAUUGUAGCUUCACGAUUCUAGACCAGCAGGGCGUAGACUUUUUGUUUGGAUUGGAUAUGCUCAAGCGCCACCAGUGUUCGAUCGAUUUGCAUCGAAACGCGCUCGUGCUGCGUGAUGGAGCAGGCGACCACGAAGUGCCCUUCCUCCCCGAACAUGAAAUUCCCGUGUCGGAGCAAAGUUCGCUCCCGCCGCCAUCUGAAGCACCCGCCACGAAUGCAACUCCUCCGGCCGCACCCACUGCCGCGUCCACUUCCCCGACGGCGCUUCCCCAGAGUUCUGCUUCCGGAGGGGGGCUUACGCCAGACCAGUCGGCCAAAGUCCAGCAAUUGGUCGACAUGGGCUUUCCAAACGUUCAGGCGGUGCAAGUCCUGGCGUCAUGCAACUGGGAUGUCAACAUUGCCGCGGGGCUGUUGUUUGAAUCGUAAACGAUUGGAACAAAGUCGCCUUUCGAAUGUCGACAAGCACCUCUACGUUAGUCUUCGUGGAAGGCCUUGACGAGGGCCUCUACGUCCCGAAACGGGCAAAACACCGAGUCGGUGUGCGUGCCAAAGAAGAUAUUGUCUUCGUCAAACGUGGCGGCGACAAACCAUUCG